CUAUCGUUGGUAACAUGACAGUCCACAAGGAUUCCGACAUUGUUGUAAGCAUUCCUCAGUUUACCCUCACUUGCAUCUCCACUGGUGGACCUGCUACCACUGUCACUUGGACCAGAGACUCUUCCACUGUCACUGAAGGAGUUGAGAGUGUGUUGAAUGACCCAGGGACUGCAAAGUACACACACACUCUCACAGUGAAAGCGAGAUUGGGUGGACUUUAUAAGUGCACUGUAGCGAACAAUAAACCAUCAGUAGCAGCUACUGAGAAACAAGUUCAAGUUGUUAGCAAUAUCUCCCUCAUCUCAUCCCCGGAAUCAUCGAUCCUGGUUGGAAACACAGUCACCCUCACAUGCUCUGUCAUUCUUGCUCCUGGAUCAUAUGAUGACCCAGAAUUUUCAUGGCAAGGACCUGGACUUGGUGUAGCAUCCCCUAGUGGAGGGGCAUUCUCUAGUGUACUCACACUGAGUCAUAUCACCACUUCUGAAGCUGGAGAGUAUACCUGUACUGCAUCUCUCGAUCUAAGCAUCUCUGUUUCAACAUGUGUCACCGUGCAAAUUCCAGCUCCAGUUCCACACAUCACUCCCAAUGUUAGUGGAGUACUGUAUGCUGGAAUAGCCCUCACCCUGACAUGCAGUUACUCUGGUCUGUCUGGCAUUGCUGACACUGAUAUUCAGAUUAAUGUCACAUGGCGUAUGAAUGGAUCGGAUGUGACUAUGUACCCUUCAUACAACACUGACAAAUUCAUUCUCACACUUUCUCCAUUGAAAACCUCACACAGUGGAAGAUAUGCUUGUUUGCUAAUGAUUACCACCCUACGGAACCAUGUUCAUGUACAAGAGCCAGUAUACAUUGCUGAGCAAGAAAUACUUGUUAAAAUUCCUAAACCAAGUAUUACUUUCACCAUGACUCAUGGUCCUCCUAUCUAUGCUGGUACUAGUGUCACAUUCACAUGCAUGGUAACACUGGAUUCUACUGUUGACAACAAUGAAAGUAUCAGCAUUGAGUUCAGUGGUUUUAAUAACCUCCCUGAAAACCGGCUUUAUUUCAAUCCUGUGACCUCUUUACCCAUGAGUAAAUUUGUGCGCAAUGUUACAAUUAAUUCAGUAGCCGACAAAGACUCUGGUGUUUACACAUGUAUUGGGACUGUAAAUGGGGAUUCCACAGCGAGUUCCAGUAAAAAUGUUUCUCUCUUAGUGACAAGUCUUCCUGCUCCGAAUAUAUCUUUAUCUUCAUCCAAUCAUUCUGUAGUUAUAGGAGAGCCUUACUCUCUUAUUUGCUCUGUGAGUGUGGUGCCAGGUUUUAUUGGAGAAACUAGCAUUGAGUGGACAAGGCAAGAUGGUAAAGUGGUGAAUGCUACCAUCGGUAACGAACUUCGCCUGUUCUUCAAUCCUCUGAAUGUAUCAAACAGCAGUGUUUAUUCCUGUAAAGGAAGUCUUGCCUUUAAUGGUGUUGUAGCUGUGGCUGCAGAGGUUUCCAAUGAAAUCUUGCUGGCAGGUAAAUGUAUAUACACAUGCAGUAAACAUUACUGGGAGUGAACCUGAGUCUCAUGAGAAUAGUCUGUAGUUAAAACCACUUUCAAUGUGUGCAUUUUUAAAUGAUAAUGUUUUUCAACUUGAAUGUAGCUGUGGACCCUUUAACAAUGCUGUUUGUGCAAACAGACUCCAACAGUAGAUAUUCUCUGUUUUAUAGCCCCAUCUGGAGCUCCACAGGUCUUCAAGGCUGCAGCUGGACAGAGAGAAGUUGUGUUUUCGUGGUCUUCUCCACCACUGGCCGAACUGAAUGGAGUGAUCACAAAUUACACUCUGUUCUGUAAACCUGUCCCCACCACUUCACCCUUGCCUGCUUCUCUUUCAAAUCCACUCAGGGUGGCAGGGUUCACCCCAAACACAACCUACCUCUGUUCUGUGACGGCUAACAAUGGGUUGGGAUCUGGACCACCUUCUAACACCACCUUCACAACUCAGCAAGACUAUUUGUACUUCCAAGUGCGUCUGAAUGGGAAAGUUUUAUGCUCACAGUUUAUAGUUACUUCGACAAGUGAUAAGUUGAAAGACAUUUCAAUGCAGUUGGUACGAUAUUUGAUGGAAUCAUGUGUAGAGUGUGAUAAGGAAAUCAUCCAUCAACCUUUUUUUGUCUGUUACUCCGAAUCUCCUACAUAUGUAACAUAUCGUGCUACACUGAAGGGGACUGCUAAAAUGGACAGUGAGUCUUUGCUAUCCCUGCUGAGGGUGUGGGUGAGUAAGCGAGAAUCAAUUAUUGUGUCUGGAAUACUAAUGGCAGUAGACCCUGAAUGUUUGGUGGCUAUUCAUUCUCUUAGUGAGGAAGAGUGCUUCAUGCUCAGUCCAACACCUCAGGUGACAAGCACCACCACUGCACACACAACCACAGGGGUUUCCAACAUUCCUAUUAUUGUUACUGGGGUUUUGCUACCAGUGAUAGUCAUCAUACUUCUUACCGUUGCCACUUCUAUACCUGUCAUAGUCUGCCUAAACAGAAAUCGUCAGGACAUUUCGCACACAGUAACAUCUCCAGUGGAGAAGGAAAGGAGUGGAUCUGUCUCAACAAAUGAUAAUACGGCCUACAAUUCAAUGAUUUCAAUGUGUGAGGGAGAUGGUCACGAGUAUGAAGUUGUUGGCAAGGCUCUCUCUUGUCCAACAUCUGUCAAUGAGAAUGCUCUCCAACUCUAUGAUAUUCCAGCACCUACUAUUCGUUCUGACCAAUAGAACAGUUGAUGUGAACGGUUCGAAUUUUUUAUUAUAGAGAGACAGGAUUGCAAGUAGUUUGAUGCCGA